CCGAGUAAGAUAUCUAGCGGAUCGAGGUGCACUGGUUUCACCAACCAUCACCAACCUUACAGACUGAAACAAGCAACAGUCAUCUUCGGUUGAUUCCGCUCAUGUUUAUAAGCCGGUAUUGUGGUGGACAGUGAAAGAAGUGUGAUAUCGGGUUAUAAACGUUGAUUUGACGUACUUUACGUUGUUUAUUGCGAUUGACAAGACGUUGUGAAGAUCAUCUUAGGUGAAAAUGGAAGCUUCUCAUCAGCUGUCAGGAAAUAUUAAUUAUGAAAAUGAUAUUCAGCCUAUGCCCACUCAAUAUGAAACAGGAAUGCCUGCUGGACAGUUACCACCAGGAACAUCUUAUCAGGCCAUGAAAACUGCUGUUGGACUUAACUUCGAUGUAUUUCGGGAACCUCGUGGUGUGAUGCGAAUUCUUCAAUUUAUCUUUUGUAUUUGUGCUUUUGCAACAACUACUAGUUAUUCCAAUUCUAUGAGAUUUGAAGUGACGUGUUCAAACAGUUCAUUACCAACACAAGUUGUAGACCUUCCAUUUUCAUACCCUUUCAGGUUAGAUGAAAUUCAAGAACCUAAACCAUAUUGUCAUGAUGGUAAACCUCUUCAUCUUGUUGGAAAUUUUUCAUCGGAUGCUCAGUUUUUUGUUGCCACUGGAGUUUUGUCUUUUCUAUACUGUAUUGCUAUUGUGAUAGUAUAUGUUACUCUUAGUGAUAUGUAUCAGAGCAAUGGACUACUACCAUUAACGGACUUCAUCUUGACAGUUAUUUUGUCUGUUUUUUGGCUGUCUGGAAGUGGAGCUUGGGCAAAUGGUUUAAAUGGCUUGAAAAUGGCAACAGAUGCCAAUAGAUACAGGGAAGAAAUGUGCUCAAAACCACCUAAUGAUUUUUGCAGAAGUAUAUCUUGUGGUGAUUAUUCAGGUCUUGUCAUUUCAGUGACAUUGGGUUUCUUGAACUUCUUUUUGUGGGCUUCUGACCUGUGGUUUUUGUAUAAGGAAACACCAUGGUUUAAAAUGAAGCAAACCACAGGUGGUGUUGGAGCAGCUGCCUAGAUUGUACGAGAAAGUGCAUUAGAGGAAGAAUAUCAGAUUGAAGUUUCAGCUGUUUGCUGUAGAUUGUACAUGUUGUCUAUGUGUUUCCUGAAUGGUUAUGCACUUAUUGUGCCUCCUUGCUAUGCAGGCCUGGCCAGUGUGCAUAGUGUAUGUUCCCAAGAAAAGAAAGUUAGGAGUUGUAUAUGGUAGGGUGGAUGUUAUGUAGUACUUCUUCCAGUGUGAUUGAACCUUGAUCUCCUGAAGAAAAACCUAUUGAUAUUUUUUAACCUAACCUGCUAUUAUGUGGAGAUCUACAUAUCAGUUAUAAGUUAAUGUUUUAUUCUCUUAAAAUGUAUCUUAGGAUGGUUUACUAGUUUUUAAAUUAACAUUAAUUUCAAGGUAUUGUAACUUGGAAAUUAUGUGCUGGUUGUAUUGAUGAAUGAGUAUAAAUGUAUAUAUUAAUUUGAUAUAUGAAGUGAAUCUCCAAGAAAGAGGAGGAAAACAUUCCUAGUUCUACAUAAACAGUCAUAAUGAACAAUUACAGUUAUCUAUGAAUAUUUUUUCACAGUUCGUAUACUUUGUCUAAUAAUUUUCUUUUCUGAUUUUUGAAAUUUCAUUAAUUAUCUUUAAUGGGAAUUGUGAUGAAGCAGUAAAAGUAUUUUUAUCAAACUGUAUUUGAAAAUGUAUUAAAUAUUGGUGUUUUUUGUCAUUUGCUUUAUUUCACAAGUUGCAAGAUUCGAUGCAGGCUGUGACGAAUUUGAAAAUGUAAUAUUUCAGAAUUUGUUUGUGGAAUGUUGAGUAAGGCACACUCUUAUUUUCUUUACCUUCAGCUUUGAGAAAAUUUAAAUUUGUUUCUACCCUUAAAAAUAAUAAGUGCGCUGAUGCUUAUAAUACCUCGAACAGUAUUUCUAUUUUUAAGUUCAAAACAUACAUACAGUAUCUUUACUAUGGCCUCUACAGAAACAAUGAGAAAAAAAUCUGAAGACUGAAGUAAGUAAACUAAAUUUAUCAAAAUAAAUUUAAUUUUUCAUUAAGUACUUGUUGUAUAUUUUACAGUAUUAUUUUUUCAGUUUAUUUAGUUCAACAUAGUAUUUCCUCAUUGUACAUGACAAAAACAGCUACCUGGCUAAUAGUCCAAAUGUGGCAAUUAAAUCAUAAACUUGACUAAUUGAUUUAAGUUGCAUCUCACAGUUUAUAAAAUGAAUUCCUGGAUAAAUGUUGCUGCCUUAAUAGUAUCAUAAAAUAUGAUUGCAGGUAUAUUGGCUUGUCAACAAUAUUUGCCACGUUUUUUUUAGCAUUUGUAUUCAUAAUUCUAUUGGAGGUAUAGAUGAAGGGUUUUGUAUAAUUUAGCUAACUAAAUGAAAAUCUUGAAACUAUCACAGUUGAAAGAACUUUGAAUUUAGUUCUCAAAGUGAUUUUUUUGAUUUUGUGUUUGGCUAGUCACAAAAAUAAAAUUUUAAAACAUAUUCUGGAUUUAUUGUAGAAAGUUGGUUGUGAGCUGUGUAAUGUAGGAUGGAGGAGAUCGUUUUUUCAAAUAAAUAUGUGCACAUUUAAUUUAUGAAAGAUAAAAAAAAAAAAAAAAAAAAAAACUUCAAUAAAUUGCCAAUACAACAGGGUACAAAAUUCUUUUGAAAUUUUAGAAACAAAUUUUGAGCUGCAGUUAUUCCUGAUUGUUGAUAUACAAUGUUCAUAAAUUCCAUUUCAUUAAUCAAAAUCAAAAAUCAAAAAUUAGUUUCCAGUACAUAGAGAAUUCUUUAGAAAAAUAUGUUAGGAAUAUACUUCCUGCAAUAUUAAUGUUCAAUUUUUUUGCUGUACAAAGCUUUGUGUUACUAAAAGUUUUAUUCUCUGUAGGCAUUUUGUUAAUUUGUGGCAUUUAGAACAUCUUUUCCUCUCUUUAUUUAAACAGUUUUUUUUAAAAAAUUGGAUAUCAUAUUGAACUCAGACAAGCAAAAUAAACAUAAAUAAAAAAAUAUAGAUGUUUGUUUUAUUAAUUUAUCUGAUGCAUCCAGAAAGUAUUUGAAAUAAUACAUAAUUUGAAAUAACUUCAUAAUAAUUCAAUUCAAUUUAAUUUAAAUAAAUGUACACGAGAGCAGUUUCAAUACUUCACAUUAUUAUUUAAUGUUUACUUUUGAAACUUAUUUUUGUAAGAUACAGAAGUAUUGCAAAAUGGGUGGGAUUUCAGACUAUACAUUUCUUAGUUGUUUUUUCUUCCAAGGGUCAAAUAAUUCUGUAAUUAACUUGGCCUUCUCUGAGGAAUUGUGAUUUCUCUGAUUAUUGCAUAAGAAUUUGUGCUGUUCAGCUUACAUUGAUGUGUCUCAUCCUUGCUGGUCAAUAAUUAAAUCCUAUAGUAGAUUGAAAACUGGAUUCCCCCUUGUCGUUAAAAAAAGUACUUUGGUUUUCAAAAUUAGCAGAGGAGUUAUUUGUAUAACUAAUGAUUGUGUGUGUAGAUACCACUUUCCUUGUAGUUUAUACAGAGUUAAAUUUGAAAAUUCAAAGGCUUUUAAAGUAAUGUAGCUGUUUUGUUGUUUCAUCAUGUAUUUCUGCCAAUGAUUACAAAUUUCUCAUGAAGUAAGGUAUAGAAAUUACGCUGAUGUAGUGUACCCAUCAGUUGUGUGUUUUAAAAACUAGUAGUUGUAAAUAGUGGAAUACACAGGGAGCCAUAUUUCAUUAUGCAUCUUGGUACUAAAUAAUAAGUAGAUGGCCAGUAAAUUAAUAUUAUUUUGUGUGUUGUUUGAUGUUGUUACUAGGACAGUGGUUCCCAAUUGAUGAAAGUUUGUAUGUGACGUUUAAAAAUUAUUUCUUCAGAUUUAAGCUGUUGUAGCUUGUCUUAUGGAUAGUUUAAUUCUAUUAAAACUAGUAUGAAAGUAGGAGAAAUCAUUUUUCAUUUUAAAAAAUUUGAUUGAUCUGGAACCAUUGUCUCUGGAGUGUCACUUACAGCGCUCAGGAUGGUUGUUACUUCUAAAUGAUUUUGGAUUCAAAAAUUUCCUAACGGUUUUAUAAAUUUUAAUGUAAGCAAAUUGUUUCAUUGCCUUUAUUAUCUGUUCAUUUUUUCCCGAUAUUAUUAAUUAUUACAGCAGAAUAUUUGGUGCUUUUAUGUUCAGACAGUGUCAUUUUGCAGCUUUUCCGAGCUCUUGAACACUGUCAGAUAAGAAUGGGAGAGGAGUAUAUGUUUAGAAAUCAAGUGAAAUAAUCAAUUUCUGUGAAAAGUGAAGAAGUGGAGGUUUGAAUUUUUCGUAUGUGUAACUAUCUAUAUGUUACAAGAUAAAUGACUGGUUUGUAAACACCUGUAAUGCCUAAUCUCUUUAACAUUUUAAUAGAGGUAAUUAUUUUUUGAAAAAGCUGUAUAUUUAUCUUUGUAUUGCUAGAUCUAGCAUCUCUUAACAAAUGAAGUCAAUUUUUAGCUGAUUAAGUAACUGUCAAGUACUACAUGACAUUGUUAUAGUGUACAUAUAAGCAUUGUUUAAGAUAUGGGUAACCCAAUUUUUUAUUGGGUUUUUUCUUUUUCUUCAUAUUUUUCCUUCAGCUAAAUAUAUCAUGGCUUGAAUGACUGAAUCUGUUUUGUCCUGUUUACACAAGGGUUCAGGUGUAAAACAUGAUAAUCCACAUAGAAUCGCUUUUAAGAUACAAACAAGCAAACAUUUUUGUUAUGUGGGUUACAUACAAACAACAAUCACCAGGGGCCAACUAAGAGUGAUAAUUGAACUAUUUGAGUAUCAUACAACAUGAACAAUAGAUGGCAGAAGACAAGUGUGGAAGACUGCUUGGGCAGUACAGAUCAUAUUAUGAUAUAAAUUACAGUUUUGAGGGUUAUCAUCUUUAACACCCAAGCCCUUCGUAUUAUGAGCAUAAAAUUGCAAAAAUUAUGGGAAAAAAAUAUUUACUGAACUUACUAAGAAUUUUGUUUACUGCAUAUUAAUGUGAUAUUCAGGAUGACUUCCGAGAACUUUAAUGACAUGCAGAAAAUGAGCGAAUUACUUUUACAUUGAUGUUUCAUGAACUAAGCUACAGGCCCGGCUCAAAUAAUUGUGAUAUUCUUUGUUGUCUUUUUUUUAUUUUCCUUGUCUUAUGUUCUUUGUAAUUUUUUGUGAUUAUUAUAAUGAUAGCACUGCAAGCUGGUUGAAAAGUGACACUUUCUAGAUAAAAGAGAGCUCUGUUUUUACUCAGUGUUUAUGCUCUUCAAGUAAUAUGCUGGCCAGUGUACUUGAACAUCAAACAAAGGAACUUUUUAUUAAUUCAUAUUUAAAACUUGAAUUUCCUUUUAUAUGCCUGUUGAUAGUCUGCAGAGUUGAACUAUUAGAAUAAAAUUGUUAAAUACAUUUGACUUCUUUCAUGUUGAUUUAUAUUUAUAUUUUCUUAUUGUAAUCACAUUUUGAAAGAAAACUUGCACACAAAAUGUAGAAUAUUCUUUUCAAAUUGCAUGUUCUUCUGUAAUCAUAUGCUAGUACUUUUAUUUGCAUAGUUAUGCUGGCAAUGAUGCACUAUCUUACCCUAUAUUCCUAGUAAUCAGUAGAAGGUUCUACUAUUAUGAAUCAUCACUUACAAGUGAUAUACUGGAAAUCGCACAAAAAUGUUGCACUAUCUUAAAAUAAAAAAUUCAAGUACUGUGGAAAAUGUAUUAUAUUAUCCCGAGUUUAUUCAAUAUGUGAUGCCAUAAAGCUAACUUUUUCAAAACUGCAGAGAAAUUUGAAAAUGUUGAGUGUGAAUUAGUUUCAAUUUCAGGAUGUUCAUAAUGAAAAAAAUUGUGAAUUAUUAUUAACACACACUGGAUUUUCCAGUAAGUUACUUGAAACCAAAACACUGGUGCAAGGGAAACUUGAACAUGUUUGUUAGACAUCAUAGACAUGGUAACAAAUUUAGAUGAAAAAAUAAUUAAAAAAAAAAAUAGGAUAGUAAUAGUUGUACAGCCACAUAUGUUUAGAUUUCAAAUAUAUUGCCCAUUGUGGUAAUCAAACUGAAAUUGUUGAUUACAUAAUACCUAGAUGUAAUGUUAGUAUCAUGGCUAAAAAAUCUUAAAAGAACUUGGCAAGUUAAAAUCUUUGUGCCUAUUUCUUUUGCUGAAAUUUUGAUAAUAAAUAUUCUUGAAUUGUAAGUUUUUUGUUCAGAUACGGUUUUUCAUUGAAGGGUGGUGAAGCCUACCUAACAGGAAUUUAAUUUCCUUUUCUGACACAAGUUAAUGAUUAUUUCGCAGGUCUAGUGUUGAGAAGGAAAUCAAUUAUAUAAAAUUUUAUCAUUCUCUCUUCUGAGAAGUGAUAUAAAAAAAUUCGUUUUGAUUAACAUUUUUUUGUUUUUUGAAAAUUCAUAUUCUAGGUUAUAUAUUAUUGUUUUGAGACAUCCAUUUUUUUUUUUUGGCUUUAUGGAGACCUAAAUGGUAUCAGAUGUGUAAAUUCCACAGGGUAGAGUAAACAUUAUACAAUGCAAGGAACAGACAGUUGGAAAAAAAUUGAGUUCUAAAUAUCACUUAUGUAAUUGUUUUUGUGCCAUUAAUACGAUGGUGUAACUUAGUAUGUUCUCACUGACUCUUGUACACUAUAAUUGUUGUUUAAACAUUACGCAAUAGCAGUAGAACAAAUUGCUAAAAUUAGAUUUUGUGCAUCGUUUCAUGUAUAUUAUGAAUCCUAACUUUCUAAAAAUAUGUUUUGUUUUUUUGAUUGUCUUUCCUAUCUAAGUGUUAAGAUAUUGAUUUUUUAGUCCCCUUUGUUGUUGAUGGUUUACAUUUUGAGAUAGGCAACAAAUAUAUUUAUUUGCAUAAAUUAUUUUUAGUUAACCAAUUCAUAUUGGUCAUUUCACCACCCUUAUAUUUUUACAUGGUAGGUUUUAAUUAUCAUUCAUAUGAAGAAAUGUUGAUUGUCUAAUUGCUAAUUGCCAAUAACACAUUUACCUUACAUGUAUUGAAACUGAUGGGCAUGUAAAA